AUGUCCUCCAAUGUCAAAAAGAAAUUAAACUGCAAAAUUUCAUCAAAAAAUAUUCAAGACACAGCUAAGAAGAAAAAGAUCAAAAAUAAUAAUGGUAAGAAAACCACGGACUGGUUAAAGAGUCUUUUGACGUCUGCAGAUUCUAAAUUAACCGAAAUUAAUAUGAAAGCAAUAGUCAAUGAAGCUAAUUUUAAAAGAUUACCAAGCUAUCUUCAGCAUCAUCUGGUCAAGUUGUUACCUGUCUGUGAUCAAGUCCACGAUGAUUUAGGGAAUUUAGUGCCAAGCUGUGAAGCACUCACAAACGAAUUCUUCACAAAAUCUUGUGAAGACUGGAAAGAAAGAUUGAGUGAAGGCUGUUUCACCGAUGACAUGAGGCAGUAUAUGAACAUCGAAAAAAGUCGCCAACAGUCGGCCGAUGUAUGGAAGAUUAAACACUUCCAAAGCAGCCACCAACAUGUCGACACCAACAUCAACAAUAAUAAUAACAAUAGUAACAUUAAUAACAACAACAACAAUAAUAAUAAUAAUAAUUACAACAGUGACAUAUAUAAUAGCCAGAGCACCAAUCAUAUUGAAGGUAAUGGUAUUGUACCAAAAGACGUAAACAUUUUAGCCAGUGAGAGUUGUCCAAACAUUUACUCAAACGCUAAUAUUAAUAAUGGUAAUAAUAAUAAUAAUAAUAAUAAUAAUAAUAAUAAUAAUAAUAAUAAUAAUAGUAAAAAUUUAGCAUCUAAACAUGAUGAGUAUAAUAAUAAUAAUGGUGAUGUUAAUUACGAUGUAAAUUAUGAUGAUAACUUUGUAAGUGAUUUUUGUUAUAGUCAGAAGUUAUAUAAUUCUACCACUACUACUACUACUUCUGCUACUACUAAUACUAAUACUUCUACUAGCAAUAAUAAAAAGAAGAACAAUGAUAAUAAUAAUAAUAAUGAGAGUUCAAAGUUCACAUUAGUAUAUAAUGGCAAACUUGCCGGAGAUAAGAAGCGAGCUAAAAAUAAAGUCAGUAACGACGUCAUCAGUAACAAUAAUAAUAAUAAUUGGGAGAAAGAUGCCACGGCUGCAGGAGCCCUGAGCGUUUUGAAGAAAAGGAAACUGAAAGUUGACAGGAAGAACAACAACAAUAGUAAUAAUAACAUUAGCGCCAAUAAGAAAAAGAAGAAUAAUAACAAAAAUAGUAGAGAUGACGGUGAGGUAAAGACGGAGAGUAAAAGUGAACUUAAUAUUACGAAAGAUGAGAUGCUAGUUACAUCCACCCAGGAUGGAUACAAUGAUGCUGCCGAUAAAGCCGCUCACGUAAGUGAAGCUGGUAAUUUCGACCUCAAAAUCAAGAUACCGAAGACUAUACUUAGGCAGAGGUUGAAGAGUAAAAUUAGUAUGAAUUCUGGAAGUUUGAAAUUAAGGUGCCAAAAAUAUAUUGACGAGGGUAAAGAAUUGAAGAAGGGAAACCAGCAAAAUAUCGACGAAAAAUCAAUCUCACAGUCCCCGGCAACUGUCAAUCAAACCUUUUUGACGCUACACUCCCCAGAACUGGUCAGUCAAAAAUCCGCGCAGCAAGUGAUGAUGAUGAAGAAAUUAGGUAUUAGUGAAACGAGUCUGACAUCUGGCGCGGGUUAUUUCCUGAAUAAUAAUAAUAAUAAUAACAACAACAAUAAUAAUAAUAAUGAUAAUAAUAACUAUAAUAGUAAUAAUAAUAAUAAUGAUAAUAAUUCAGUCGAAAGCAUUGUUAGAUGCGAAGUUGAAGAUAUGAGAUACGCGAAUAACGACGGCGACGAUGAUGAAGAUGAAGCAGUCGACAGUGGAGUUUAUUAUUAUUUAAAUAAAAUUAGACAAAAUAAGCAGCUACAGCAGCAGCAGCAGCAACAACAGUUGCAGCAACGACAAUUGCAGCAACAACAACAAUUGCAACAACACUUGCCUCUCCCAGCAAAAGAUUCUUUAGGCAACUCCAGCGAAAACGAUGAUGUCGGUUAUAAUCAUUGUGUUUAUCAACAACUAAAGCAGCCAUUCGAAGAUAAACAACAACAACAGCAACAUUUGAGUCAUCAACAACAACACCAGCAACAACAUCAUCAAAUGUUUCCUCUGAGAAAUAGUUACGACAGUAACAUCAUCACAUUAGUCGACUUGAUGAGCAAUAGAACUAAAUUUCCCUCGCCAUCUUCAUCAUCAUCACCAUCAUCAUCGUCGUCAUCGUCGUCUGUAUCUCAAUCAUUACCGUCAUCAUCAUCCUCACCACCAACUCACUUGCAACUGAAGUCACCAUCGUCGUCAUCAUCAUCAUCAAACAGAGAAACUGCUGACAGAAACAAUCUCAAAAAACAACAAAUUCGUUACGGCAACAUCAACAACCGCAACAACAUCGACCACUACAACAACAACAACAACAACAACAACCACAACAACAUUAACUAA